UAAACUGUCAUGGCGUUUUCGUGUCCUUGGAAAUAAAAAGCGCCAGUGUCUUUUCGGGCUCACCGGGGGAUGUCUCGCCGGUGAGAGCGUCCGUCCUGACCGGAGCAGAUGCAGUGUCGAGAUAGAAGAUGAAAAUCCUCAAGAAAGACAAGCAGCAGAUGUUCCCAGGUCUCCUGAAGCACAACCAAUCUCCGGGCUCCUCAACAGCUGCAGCCUGCUCAUCUGACCAAAGCAGCAACACUCCAACUGCACUUCCCACAAUUCCAAGGGGGCACCUGGUUGUGGGUUCCAAGGACCAGCUCUGUCUCCUCAGCCCUGUUGGUAGCUCUGCAGCAUCCAAUCACUGCACCACGGCCAGGGUCAGUGCUGCAAAGCACUCUGGACGAGCUCCACCACCUCCCUCCUCCCUGGGCGAAGAGGACGAUGGAGGGGGUGGAGGCAAAGUCAAAAAGAAAAGGAAGAAAAAAGACAAAGAGCGAGGGAAAGCACAAGCAGAAGAAGACAAGAUGGACAGCAAACCAAAGAAACGCAAGAAGCAACAUGAGGGAAUGGUUCUGACACUAAGGAGGAGCAAGGACCAGAAUGAGCGCAGGACCAAGGGGAAGGAUGGACGGAAGGACAGCGGGACACAGCAAGGAAAGGUGGAAGGCAGGAAGAUACCUGGCCAUGUUGUGGCCCUUGGACCCACUCCGGUUCCUGUUAAGGUUCCUGGAAAGAGAGGAAGGAAACCGAAGAUCAAAGUUCUCCUUCCUCCUGACCCCUCAAACCAAGCCCCUCCAGUGCAAGGUCAUGGCGUCCAGGCAACCCAGAACCAAGCAAGGAACAAGAACCUGGCCAGCAGCAACACUGCCACUUUUACCAUAGCAAAGCAGCGGGGGCGCAGGCCCAAGCCCAGAGACCCCGCUGCCGCACCACCAGAGAAGAAAAAGAAAGGGAAGAGGAGAAACCAGGAGGCUGCUGUGCGGGAGGGGGCAGAGAGUGAUGACACUACCGCCACAUCAGCUGCUGCCAUGGGGGGAGACGACAGCCAGGACUCCCUGGAUAAUGCAAAACGACGUUCGGGACGUCAGGUCAAAAGGCGAAAAUACAAUGAAGACAUGGACUUUAAGGUGGUGGACGACGAUGGAGAGACGAUUGCAGUCCUCGGAGCCGGCCGAAUAUCGGCGCUCAAUGCAACAGCGUUAGCGUGGCAGGCAGAGGAACCCCCAGAGGAUGAGGCCAACAUCAUUGAGAAAAUUCUGGCUGUCAGAACAGUCAAGAAAGAGACUCCAUCUAAGGACCAAGAAGAAGAAGCAGAAGAGUUUUAUGUAAAAUACAGAAAUUUUUCCUACCUGCACUGCAAAUGGGCCACCCUGGUAGAACUGGAGAAGGAUCCAAGAAUACACCAGAAGAUUAAACGCUUCAGGACCAAACAGGCUCAGAUGAAGCACUUGUUCACAGAGCCCGAUGAAGAUUUGUUUAACCCAGACUAUGUGGAGAUAGACCGAGUGCUGGAAGUGGCCAUUACCACUGACCCUGAGACCUGCGAGGAGGUAACUCAUUACCUGGUAAAGUGGUGCAGUCUGUCCUAUGAGGAGGCAACCUGGGAGUUGCAGGAGGACCUGGACCCAGAAAAGAUCAGAGAGUUUGAAGAGAUCCAGAAACGUCCAGCAGAUCUGAGACAUGUGGAACGCCCCCCCCCAGAAAAAUGGCAAAAGUUGGAGAACUCAAGAGAUUACCGAAGCGGGAACCAGCUUCGAGAAUACCAGUUAGAAGGAAUGAACUGGCUUCUCUUCAACUGGUACAACAGAAAAAACUGCAUCCUUGCAGAUGAGAUGGGAUUAGGAAAGACCAUCCAGUCCAUCACCUUUCUGUAUGAGAUCUUUAGCAUGGGCAUCCGCGGCCCUUUCCUCAUCAUUGCCCCCCUCUCCACCAUCACCAACUGGGAGCGGGAGUUUCGUACAUGGACUCACAUGAACGUCAUCGUGUAUCACGGCUCGCAGAUCAGCCGGCAGAUGAUCCUGCAAUACGAGAUGUUUUACAGAGACUCACAGGGUAACAACAUCCCGGGAGGGUUAAAGUUUCAUGGGUUGAUUACGACCUUCGAGAUGAUCAUGACCGACUGUCCAGAGCUGAGGAAGCUGCAGUGGCGCUGCGUGGUGAUUGAUGAGGCUCAUCGGUUGAAGAACAGAAACUGCAAACUCCUGGAGGGCCUCAAACUCAUGAAUCUGGAGCAUAAGGUCCUGCUGACGGGAACCCCGCUGCAGAAUUCAGUGGAAGAACUUUUCAGUCUAUUGAACUUCUUGGAACCACAGCAGUUUCCUUCUGAAGGGGCCUUUCUGGAGGAGUUUGGAGACCUUAAGACAGACGAACAGGUGAAGAAGCUUCAGUCCAUCCUGAAACCCAUGAUGCUGAGGAGACUGAAAGACGAUGUGGAGAAAAAUCUGGCUCCUAAAGAAGAGACUAUCAUUGAGGUGGAGCUGACAAACAUCCAGAAGAAAUACUACAGAGCCAUCCUGGAGAAGAACUUCUCCUUCCUCUCCAAAGGAGCAAACCAGCACAACAUGCCCAACCUCAUUAACACCAUGAUGGAGCUGCGCAAGUGCUGCAACCAUCCCUACCUUAUCACAGGAGCUGAGGAAAAGAUUCUGGAAAGUUUCAAGAAGAGUCACAGUGCUGACGCGCAGGACUUUCCGCUGCAGGCUAUGAUCCAGGCUGCUGGAAAACUGGUGCUCAUUGACAAACUGCUGCCCAAACUUUUAGCUGGAGGGCACAAAGUCCUAAUAUUCUCCCAGAUGGUUCGCUGUCUGGACAUCCUGGAGGAUUACCUCAUACAGAGACGCUACACAUAUGAACGCAUCGACGGCCGUGUGCGAGGGAACCUGCGUCAGGCAGCUAUAGACCGCUUCUGUAAGCCUGAUUCUGACCGCUUUGUGUUCCUGCUCUGCACCAGAGCUGGAGGGCUGGGGAUCAACCUGACAGCUGCCGACACCUGCAUCAUCUUUGACUCGGACUGGAACCCCCAGAAUGACUUGCAGGCUCAGGCUCGCUGCCAUCGGAUCGGCCAGAGCAAAGCAGUGAAAGUCUACAGACUCAUCACCAGAAACUCGUAUGAGAGGGAGAUGUUUGACAAGGCCAGUCUAAAACUGGGACUAGACAAAGCUGUUCUUCAAGACAUCAACCGCAAAGGAAGCCUCAACGGGGUGCAACAGCUUUCCAAACUAGAGGUAGAGGAUCUCCUGAAAAAAGGAGCAUACGGAGCUCUGAUGGAUGAAGAAGACGAGGGCUCCAAGUUCUGUGAGGAAGACAUCGAUCAAAUACUUCAGAGACGAACUCAGACCAUCACCAUCCAAACCGAAGGCAAAGGCUCCACUUUUGCAAAGGCUAGUUUUGUCUCGUCUGGCAACAGAACCGACAUUUCACUGGAUGACCCCAACUUUUGGCAGAAAUGGGCCAAGAUUGCCGAAGUAGAAAUUGACUCCAGAUCUGAGAAGGAGUCUUUGGUGAUUGACACUCCUCGUGUUAGGAAGCAGACACGUCAUUACAACUCUUUCGAGGAUGACGAGCUGAUGGAGUUCUCGGAGCUUGACAGUGACUCUGAGGAGAGGCCUUGUCGAACUCGGCGCUUAGGAGACCGCAGCAGACGAUACCUUCGUGCAGAGUGUUUUCGAGUGGAGAAAAACCUGCUAAUCUUUGGUUGGGGUCGGUGGAAGGACAUUUUGAAUCACGGUCGCUUUAAGUGGCAUCUGACUGAGAGAGACAUGGAGAUUAUCUGCAGGGCUCUGCUGGUUUAUUGUCUGAAACACUACAAAGGUGACGACAAGAUCAAAAGCUUCAUCUGGGACCUGAUAGCUCCCAGCAAAGAGGGUCAGGACCAGGCGCUGCUCAAUCACUCUGGUCUGUCCUCUCCCGUUCCUCGGGGCAGGAAGGGGAAGAAGCUGAAGAGUCAGCUGAAUGUUCCUGAACAGAAGAAUGCAGACUGGCUGGUUCACUGCAAUGCCGAGGUGGUGCUGCAAGAUGAGAGCUAUAAGAAGCACCUCAAGCAGCACUGCAACAAGGUGCUGCUGAGGGUGCGGAUGCUGUAUUACCUAAAGGUGGAGGUUUUGGGUGAGGCUGCUACUCAGGCUCUGGAGGGAAGACCUGCCAGUGAAAUGGAGUUUUCGCUGCCAGACAUUGAUUACAUGGAGAUUCCAGCUACAUGGUGGGAUGCUGAGGCUGACAAGUCGCUCCUCAUCGGAGUCCACAAACACGGAUACGAACGCUACAACGCCAUGCGAGCUGAUCCAGACCUGUGUUUCCUGGAAAGGGUUGGGAUGCCGGAUGAGACUGCUCUGUCUGCUGAACAAGGUGGAGGGGAGGGCCCCUCUGAAGUGACCGACAGUGUCAAAAUGCAGGAGGUCAAGGACAACCCCGAGAGUAAGGUCGACAGAGGCGAGGACCGGGAGGAAAGCAGCAAGUCAGAGGAGACCUGCUCCAGCACCGAUACCUCAGACAAACCAGACAGCACAGGUACAGAUCCUCAGAUGUCAGGUGACCUGUGCAGCCAGGGUGGUCCUCUGGUAACCACGACAGCAACGGGGACGGGAACGGGGGUGGCAACGCUGCAGGUCAUCCAGGUGCGGCCCAUGUGGCCCUCUGGCCCUGCCUUGACAGCUCGCCUUCGGCGCCUAAUCACAGCCUAUCAGCGAUUCACACUGCGCCGUGAGCCGCUGCUGAGGCACGACUUCCUGCUUCACGACAACCUUGUUGGCAUGGCGAUGGGAGGAGCUGGAGUCACACAUUGUCAUGACUCUGGUGGGCCUCUGGCCUGGCAGCUGGGAGAGGAGCUGAGGAGGUGUUCUGGGGCCUCUGCUGAUGCAGAUCCACUGUUUCUGGAGUGGCAGAGAAGGUGGACGCGUCGCGAGCAGGCAGACUUUUACCGCACCGUGUCUUCAUUUGGGGUCGUGUUUGACCCCGAGAGGAAAGCUUUCGACUGGUCCCAGUUCAGAGUUUUGGCCCGGCUGGAGAGGAAGACGGACGAGAGCUUGGAGCGAUACUUCAACUCCUUUGUCAACAUGUGCAGGACGGCCUGUAAGCUCCCCCCCAGGAAGGAAGAAGGGCUGGGGGAGGCGGGUGUGUUUGUGGAGUCUCUGACGGAGGAGAGGGCUGCACGGACGCUGUACCGCAUUGAGCUGCUGCGCAAAGUCAGAGAACAGGUACUCCGUCACCCGCUGCUGUCUGCCCGCCUUCAGCUGUGCCGCCCCUCCCUUUACCUUCCGGUGUGGUGGGAGCCUGGCAAGCAUGACCGGGACCUCCUGAUGGGGGCAGCGCGCCACGGCUUGAGCCGCACCGACUUCUACAUCCUGAACGACCCCCAGCUGAGUUUCCUAGAGGCUCAUAGGAACUAUGUCAGGGGACACCCUGCUCAUCUUCACCCCCAGAGCCAUCAUCAUCAUCCUCACCCUGCUGGCAUCUCCUCCUCAUUAUCACAGCUGCCUCUUCCUCAAUGCUGUCUGUAUGAUUCAGGUCAACUCUCCCCUCAGCCCCCAGAGUAUCCACACUCUGCACCUCCCUCUGCUCCGUCACCAUCCUCCUCCUCUUCACAUUCACAUUUUCACCCCCCUCCACUGGAUGCACAGGACUCAGCCGCUCAAAGUCCAGGGAUUGUCACAGGGACGCGUGUGGACUUCCUGGACUGUGCUCCGUUGGAUGAACCUCUGGAGCUGGGCGCUCUGCAGCACGACUCUAUGUCAGCGGAAUCGUUGCACGGAGGAAAGGCCUCCAAAGACGCUCUGAACGGCUUUCCUUUCAACUCUGCAGCAGCUGCUCAGAGCAUGCUCAACUCGUACACGGUGGGUGGAACAGACCUGGACUCCAAGUUAAGAAGUGACGUUCUGGUUGGUGAGCAGGGCUCAUCUGAGGAAACGGGGUUGAUGACUCCGUCAGUGGAGUUAAAUCAGUUACAGGCGCCGUGGGACGGUGCAGAUCACACCAGUCCGACUGAACACAUGUUCCAUGAGUCGGAUUCCAUCCUGGGACCUUCCACUCUGGAGACUGGCUUCCUGGAGGAGGAGGAGGAUGAGGAGGAGGUUCCGGGUAGAAACCCAGCCACUGAGGAGGGUGGAUCACUUGAGGAGUGUUUAGGCCUUCCUCCCUCAUCUCCUCCAUCCCAUCCUUCAACAGGAGACUCUGUGGAGCCGCUGUCCUCCACUUACAUGCUCUUCAAGGACAUUGCAGUGAACGAAGAAGCUUGUGCUGAUCAAACCGAUCUGACGUCUCUCACGCCCCCCGCCCUUUCUUUGGGGGACAUCACUGAGCAGCAGGAUGGGCUGAGCCACUCCGACGUCUGCCAGAGUCUGACCAAUCCUGUGGAGGACCGAGAGGAGCAGGAAGGACACCGUGGGUUUCAGUUUGACAACAAGGAAGAGGAAGAGGAGAAGUAUGAAGAAUGUGAAUCACAGGAAGACAAAGAUGGGGGUGUCCUGACUCCAUCAGUGGAGGAAAGAGAGUUAAAGCCAGAGGAGGACAAGGAAAAAGAGGAGAACCUGGAGUAUGUUCUGCAUCCUGAUGACUUGCCACAAGAGGGGAGCCCCUUCCUUGGGAAACUGGAGCAGGAUGGUAGCCUCGUUUGUCCCGAGUCCUCUGGAGAGCCUCAGGAGGAGGUGGAUGGGCUGGUUUUGUAUCAGACAAUAGACCAACAGUCGAUGGAGAACUCUCUUGAUGCUGAAGCGUUCUUGCAUGAACCAGCCAAAGAGUUUCUGCAAAUGAAGGAGGUUCUGGGUGGGAAGGGUGGGCCGUGCAGCCCAGACCCUGCAGAUCAAGCAGAUGCGGUCCCAGGAGGCCACAUGGACCUCUCUGUGGAUGAGUCUGCCGUGACACAAGCUCAUACAGGAGUGACAGAAAAGGUUGGGAAACAACUCGGAGCCAAAACCAGUGAGGUGGAAUUUGGGGACAUCUACUCAGAGUUUGUGGCCCCCAGUCCCUCUGCCUUUGUCUCAAAACAAUCAAAUGGUGCUAAAAGUGCAGAAAAAGGGGGUGGAGCCAACAAAGAAGUCCCCAUGGACCAAGGACAAUACCAGGGUUUACCCGAGGGCCAGAGUUUUCCAAGAGACAGUGGAGACUUUAAAAGCGGAGCUUUGUCUCUUCAUCAGGAGAGCAAACACAACCUGCUGGUGUCUCCUACCCUACCUGCAAACCCUGCAGGACCAUCUGACUUUAAACCUUCUCCUCAGACAGACAGUGAUGAGAAGAAAUCCAGUCUUCUGGCAGUAAGAGUGAAGUUGGAAGACACAACCGAGACCCAUGAAGACUUUCUCUCAGAGAGCUCUGAGAGCAAACCUGGUCAUUUUCUUCCUUACCGUGUAAAGACUGAAGUCUUGGUCAACAAACCUGAACUGAAGUCUGAACUACUAGAUCUCAAACUCGCUGGAAAACAUGAGAGCCUUGACUCCAAACCUGAACACCUACCCUUUGUAAAAUGUUCAGAUGACAUGGAAGUUGAUGUCAAACCCUCAACUCUGAGCUUCUCCACCUAUUUGGAAGGUGUCAAGCUGAAAACUGAAGAAAAGCCUGAGAGUUUCAGGACAGCUGUACACCAUGAAACAUCUGCUGUUAAGCCUGAGCUGAAAAUGGAGACUUUGGAGUACAACACCUUCCCAGACAGCUCAGAGGCAAAACCUGGUAUCAAGACAGAGAGCCUCGAAUGUCCGCCUCAGUCUGGGGUCAAAACUGAGAUGAAGGAGGAGAUGCUAGAGGCGGACAGCACAGUACUGACGCCCAAGUUUGAGCUGCCAGACGGAGGGGCGGAUAAUACUGAGGGUCCUGUGGAAAAGGUUCAGCUGAAGGCAGAAGGGUCGUGUGCAGCAGAAGGCGUGGUGGAAGAAUAUUCAAGCAGCCCCAGGUUUUCUCUUCCGGUUUCCAUCUGUGAGAUUCCCAACAGUCGCUAUGAAAGCAGGGAACCGACCAUCGCCCAGCUCCUGCAAGAGAAAGCGCUGUAUUCAUUCUCUGAGUGGCCAAAGGACCGAGUGAUCAUCAAUCGCUUGGACAGCAUCUGCCAGGCCAUUCUGAAGGGGAAGUGGCCCUCUUCCAGCGAGCAGUACGACUCCCCAGGCUCUGUGGCAACCAGCGCCUGCCUGGCCAACAGCCUAGCUCAGCACCACCAUGCCAGCUACCUCGCUGCGUCCAGCUCGUCCUCUGGUCAGGCCAGGAUCCCGCCUGGACUAGGCUUUUCCAUCCCUCCUUCCCUCACAAGACUACCCAAGUGCGUGCCGCGGGGCGGCGCUUGUGGGCGCGGAGCUUGGCGCCUCACUUCCUUGCCUCUCUUACAGGAGAGGCUUGUGGCUCCUCCCUUCCUCCCAGAGCUCAAGAGAGCAGGAGGUCGCAGGGCUUUUGAUUACGAAACUCCUGCUGCUGCUGCUGCUGCUGCUGCUGCUGCUGCUGCUGCGGCAGCAGCCAAAGUCCUUUCAGGGAAGCCGACCUCACCGUGCCACACCGCAACCCCUCCCAGCUCAGUUCCAGAGUGCGUGCCAGGUGCGGCUCCGCCCUCUAAUCGCUCAGGAUCCAUGUUGAUGAACGGUUGGCAGGAAGCCGCCAUUGACCUGACAAAGUCUGGAGAAAUCAGCACCACCAGCCACAUGGGGGCAAACGAAGCUGCAAAGAACCAGCGCGGUGCCAGCAGCAGCCACAAGCUGCCCCCGCCGCCCCCCAUCACUGCACCUCUGUCGGGCUCGGCUGGGAUCGACAUAUCCAGAAUACUGCAGGCCGGUCUCAUUCAUCCAGUCACCGGACAGAUCGUUAACGGGAGCCUGAGGGGAGAUGACUACCUGAAGAGGAGGAGAGGAAGGAGGAGAAAUGUGGAAGCUCUUUAUUCUGAGUUCACCAAGAGCCGGGGAAUGCACGUCCUAGAAACACAGGGCCCGGCAGAGGCCAUCAGCCACUCCACUGUUUCUUCGUCCACCUCUUCUCCAUCCCCCUCUCCAUCAGACAGACCUGCUUGUCAUCCUGUAUCAUCCUCCUCUACUACCUCCACCCCCACACAGACCCCCCCUCAGCCGGAGAUUGUGGCCAUUGACAGAGACGCAGCUGGAAAAGGUCUGAUGGAGUGGCUCCGACAGAACCCCAGCUACAGCAUGGACCUGCCCACCUUCACUCAGUCUGGAGCUGCGCUGCUGCACGGUUUAGUGGAGCGUCCCAAGCAGAGGAGGCAUCGCUGUAAAGAUCCCACCAAGCUGGACAUCAACACUCUGACUGGGGAGGAAAGAGUCCCUGUUGUUCACCGGGGCACUGGACGCAGGCUGGGUGGCGCUAUGGCUCCUGCCAUUAAGGAGCUUUCCAGGUGGCUGGAUGCAAACUCAGAGUACGGUGUGGCUCCAGACUGGUCUGAUGUGGUCAAACACUCUGGUUUCCUCCCUGAGGGAAAGUUCUCCCGGAUCCUUACAGAACCGGUCAGCAAAGAUGCAAGUUCUCGCCGCCGGGGACGACGGCCUCGGAGUGACAUGCCCAAACCUCUCCUCUCAAUGUCAGACUCCUCGCCUGGCCUCGGGCCUCCGCUCUACAUGAACGGAGGAUUGAUGGGCAGCAUGGACUCCAUGGUGGCCAUGCAAAACCUGGGUGGCAGCAUUCCAGGGAUUCCCAUCUCUGGAAUAAUGGCAGCUGGUUUCCCACACGGUUUUUCCGCAGGAGGCUCUGGAUCUUCAGCAGAGGAAGCCAAAAACAGCUUGAGCAUGUUACCAAUGAUGCUGCACAGCAUCCCGCAUCCCCACGGAACUGCCAUCCCACAGCACGCCCUGUUUGGCGUUGGCACAAUGAUGGCGCAUGCACCCCCUCACCUCAGCUCCCCCUCCAACCUCACGGUCUCCUCUUCUUCUCCUUCUGCGUCUGUUGUGACCACAACUACUUCUGAUGCCUCCAGCCCGUCCUCCACAGUGCCUGCUGAUGCAGACGGCGCCUCUUCUUCAGCAACUCGAGGGGAAAAAGAGAUGGGUGGAGAGGAGAAAGGAGCCGAGGGCCCCAACAUAUCAGCAGGGGGGGAGGCAGCAGCAACCAUCUCUUCCACCAGCAGGACCCACCUUGGCUCGGCUCAUCUGGGGGCUGGCGGGGGCAGCCACCUAACCUUCAACCCCUUCCUGAUUCCGGGAAUGUCCCACGGCCUCCUGUACCCACACAUGUUCCUGCCGCACGGCGGCAUUGUGGCACUUCCUGCUAUGCCCCCCAGCGCUGCAAACGGCUCCCCGAGCAGCCCAAAGAGGAGGAGGAAGAGAGUAAAAGAGGUCGGGGAGAAAGACCAGGAGGGAGAGAGGGAAAAGGUCAAUGGAGACCCAGAGGAGAAGCAAAGUACAGUUCCGGCCGCUGGCUCCUCCCAUCUCUCUGCCUCCUCUACCUCACCUUCGGGGCCAGCGGAGGAGACCCACGCUGGGCCGGACGGCGCAGAGGAGGGGCCAUUAGACUCCAACGACCCUCCAGAGGAAGCAGCAUCAACAGAGGGUAAAAGCAGAACAGAGGAGGCAGAGGAGCAGAAACAUCCAGAGUGAGAGGAAGCAAAGACAAACCCCUUCCCUCACCCCCCCCCCCCAGAAGAGCAGCAGCCGAACGGUUAGGCCAUCAGCGUCCGUGUUCAGACUGUUGUCAUGGCAACCAUUUUAUUCAACCUUAUCAUGUUUUUAAACCAAGCCCCCCCCCCCCCGAUCAAGGCGCUGUCUCCGGGAGGGUGGGAGGAGCCACCGUUCUGCAUCACACCUGUGUGGCAGAACAUGUUACCACGGAAACGUUCAGAGGGGGGAACCUGGGGGAGGAGCUUCGGUCUGGGACGCGUUUGCUUGGCUGGACAGUGAAGCAGCUGAGACGAACGUGGGAAAUCAUUUUCCGUUUUUCCCAUCAGAGGACAUGACUUCACUGUACUUGUUUUGUAUCGUGCAAUGUCUGAGAAAUCAGGAAGAGCAUUCACAGACAUUUGAACUCUAACGCGCAGAGAAAACCCUACCGUUUAAAUCCUUGAGUUACAAUGCAGCAAAACUGACAAAAGACAUCCUGGAAUGAUGGGAGUCCUGUCUUCAUGCUUUAGAUGGUGUCAUCCAUGUUUUUGUAAUACCGUUUCUCCAACUUACUCUGAAAAACUCCUCUUCAUUUCAGUUGUUCCCAUUAGCAAAGAACAAUCAUGACUUUACUGUAAACUUGGUAGAUCAUGUGUGUUUUUGUUUUUUUUCUUCUUUCAGCCACAAAGUCACUUUGAGAGAUUCUUCUUCAGUGGCUGGGUCCAGUCAAAGGACAGCCUUGUUAAAGCUCAGUUUGACCACCAGGGGGCAGUAGCAGACAGACUUGAAUGUAUGCUGUCCUGCAAACACUGGGUGGAAAUGAGGGAGCCAGCGGUGCAUGUUUGCUCCUGAUGGUGGCGCUCCUGUCCUCUGCAUUGACUUUGCUCAGUCAAUACUAAGAAUUUCUGAAUAUGUAAAUCAAUGCCCCAUUUCAAAUGCUCCAUGGUCUCCCCUUUCACAUCUCCUAUGGGGAGACUGAUACUUGAUGUGUGGGAGAGUUCUGUGUCAUACAGACUGAACUGUACAUAAAAUGAUGCAAGUAGAGGCAUUUACUCCGUCUUCUAACAGGGUGCAAAUUUUGGCGGGGAAGUGAUGUUAAAAGAACACGCAAGUUUUUGUGUUCAUACGUGAAACAUUAUUUUUGCACAGCGUUUUUUUGUGUGUGUACGAGUGUGUGUGUGUGAUGCUGGGAGGCAGUGCGUGUGUGUGCGUCCUCACUCCAACAGCUCACAUGUCUUGAUGGGGAAGGUGAACACAUUAUUGUUGCCUUGUCACAAAUUUGUGGCUAGCUAUAAUUUAUUAUAGUUUUGCUUUUGCCAAACGUUCACCAAACAUAACUUUUUCCUAUUCAGUUUCAUCAUGUUUCCAAAAAACAAAAACAAAAAAAGCCUUAAUUUAAGCCUUUGUUUAUUCAGUUGUGUUGUUCUGUGUUGCUCAUGUCUGGUUGACUGAAGACACAGCUGUCCAGAUGAGUUCAGAAUUUUAGGCCCAAAAGUCAAUCGAUUGCCCUGCAAAAGCACAAAUGAAGCGUUGCCUGAACGUGGCCGUUUUUCUUGAGUGCCUCAAAAGUUCCUGUAGUUCUUCUCUCACGGCCUUCACUUCUCACAUCACAUCUCCAAAGAAAUCGAGCCCCACCUGCUGAUGAUGUGAGGAACCUCUUCUCUGUGGGGGCCCCAACAACCGAUCAAUCCGUACCUGUUUAUUUCCCAGCUGUACUGUAAACGGCGCCCCCUAGGAUGUGUCCGCUCUGCUUUUGCUUUAGGAGGGAGGGGCUGUUAUCACCCCAGUAAAGGGACAGCAUUCUUCCACUCCUUAACAGCCCUAAACUACAGAAGCAGCAAGUCUGCACAAGCUUCUCUUUUCAAAACUCAAAUAAAUGAAAAGCUUUUACUGUGUUUGUAAAGGAAACAAAAAGAAUUCAGAAAACUUUUUGGUAACACUUAAAAUUCAGAUUACAAAACAUGAACAAGGGCUGCUGGUGUGUUUGUAAGGCAUUCUUUAGCAUUUGUUGAUGUCUUACAUAUGCCUGAUAAUGUUAUUAAUCUCUUUAAUUAAUAGAGAAACUUUGCAGGACCUAAUCUAGUUUAAAAAUUUGUUAUAACAUCACAAGUAAAAAAAAACUUUUUUGAACUUUGUUUUUCUAAAUGAUAAACUAAGUCAUUUCAAGAACGUUUGUGAAUCAGAAUGAAGCGCCUGAAGCCUGAAUUUAUUUUUUACUUGUUAAAAAAAAUCCUGUUUUUCUAUUCGGGUAGAUGAUUAACUAAGUUAAGUUGGGUCAUUUGACUACAGAACAUAAACUAGAUAUAAUUUAAGGUUUGAUACAAAUUUGUGACAGCAGGCCUCUUUGGGAAAAAACCCACUGUUGUCAUCCCCUGAAUGAAGAGACUUUUAAUUAUGCAACACAGUUAUUUUCAGUAUUUUCACUCCAAUGACUGACAGAACUAAUAAACUCUAAACAAAAAGCAAAUCAACAGAAAACUCAGUGGAAUUGUCUUUUCAGUGCAGGAAGUGUUCAUUGCUUCAGUCUGAUUGUGAAAUGCUAGAAAAACGUUCCUACUAAGUAUUCAUUUGACCGAGUUCAUUCUUAUCAUAAUUUGUGGUUGCUGAUAUGAUUUACAGUCGACGUUGGUUCUUUUGGACUGAUCCAGUCUGAUCUGAUUUAUUGACCUAAAAUGGAUCCGGGACAUCUUUAGCCAAAACCUCAUUAUUAGAAGGAUAUGUGAUUGGCUUUGGUCGCUUUGAUCACUAGCUUGCCUCAGACAGAUUGAUCAGGUUGGAUAAAUUGAUUCAUCGAUCCAUCGUUAGACCCCUAACGUUCCUAGGGAUAUAUUCACAGUAAAUCGAGCGGGAAUGGAGGAAUAUAGACUGUAAUUUGGUGCAUUUUGAGUGGAACCAGUUUAAUGCAAAAAUACAUGAAUGAGUCUGGAAGUAAGCGCAAGCUUUUAGUAGCAGCAGUAAUCCAUUUCUUUAUGGCCUAUAAGCCAAUUAUUAAUAUGAAUCAUGAAAGUGACUAUAAAGGUGCUGCAAAACCCUCCAAACAAAAAUUUAUCGAGGAGAUUAUUAACACUAACAACUAUCUUUAUACGCCGUUUAACACUUAUCAGGCAUUUGGAAGACAUCAACUAAUGCUAAUAAAUGCCUUAAACGCAUCAGCAAUGCUUGUUAUUGUUUGAAAAUAAUGUAAAGGUAUCUUAUUCCAAAGUGUUGCCAACUUUUUUUUUUUAUAUUGAAAGUGCAGGACGCAGGUUUAGAUGUUUCCAUUGUGCUCAUCUGUUUCCAGUAUUUAAUGAUCAUAGAGAGCAGGUUGGGAGACUCCAGGUUAGUUCUUCAUUACAGCUGAAUGAUCCAACUCUUUUCUGUCAGCAGUUGAUGUGAAAAGUUGAGGACUGUUGGAUGGGUCUGAUGUCUCAUCAUCACAGUAAGUGUUGUCUCCCCCCCCCCCCCCCCCCCCCCCCCGAGUCUUUUUGUUGUUUUUUUCACCUCGACAUGUAAACAUUCGAUCAAAAAGGAAUUGUACUUCUGCCGUCUUUGCAUCAUUGUCUCCCGACUGAAAAAUCCAGUGGCUGUUACUCUGGAACGUCUACAGAAAUUCUGAAGCAUUUUGGUUCUUAUGGAAAAUAAACUACAUUUUUGGUCACCUCCA